AUGACUGGUUACGGCACCCCGUCAGUAGCGCUAGCUACAACUCCCACAGUCAUCUCCACCUUCUUUUCCCACAUCCUCCACCGCCGCAAGCGCAAGAGCGAAACCAAGCGCUCCCUCCAGUCUGGUGGCCCAGGCGGGGGCCCCGAGAACCAGCUAACCUAUGAGGAGGGGCUCAAGGUGGUCAGGCGGUUCUUGGACUUUGCGAGCCAUCAUGGCGUAGAGGAGGUUCAAGCUUUCACCGCUAUGUGGGUGCCUACGCCGCAUUGGGUCAAGAGAGAUGUCGUCCUUAUACCUGAGGAGAAUAUGCACGAGGCUGAAGUUAUUCUUGCCAAACAUCUGUCAACAUAUGGCAAGGCAGGUGAGAAUGGUGGGGGAAUCCAGUUGGUUGGUGGUGAUAAAUGGUGGAGGGUCCGGCGCAAGCCUCUGGAAGGCGAAUGGAUCGAGGCAAGGCUUUGA